AUGAUGAGAACAGUCAUUAAUAUUAUUCUAAUAUUUGUAUUUUGUGUAUCCGUUACGUUCGCUCGACGAAUACAUAAGAUUAAUUUACGUGCAACUAAUGAUCCAUCAUGUACUGCUGGUCUAACCCAAGCUCCUACUGGCACUGUCAGCGGUUAUGGUAUAGUUAGUUUUUCUGUGGAAAAUACAAAUCAAAUUGUUUAUAUGGAAACUGCCAUGAUUGUUCCUCCUAAACAAGCUCAUCAAGGUACAUUAUUUUUAUGGCCCGGUUUACAACCUAAUGGAGCUAAUUUUGAUCCAAUCAAUAAUGGAGUAUUACAACCUGUAUUAACCUGGGGUACUUCAUGUGCUCCAGGUACUCAACCUGCAGCAUAUUCUACUUGGUGGAGUUCUGCACAAUAUGUCAACACCUAUGGCAAGUUCCCAGGCUAUACUGGUUGUAAGGGCGGUCAAAUCAUGACUGUAAAUCCUGGGGAUGAACUGCGGAUCCGAUUUCAGUUAAGAGGCACUAAUUGGACUCAAACUGUGACAAAUUCUGCUACCAAUAGGGCAGUGACGUUUAGUAUUGACAUGCUUGGACAAGCUCAAAAUUAUUUAUAUUUCAUUAUCGAGCAAUAUUCCAGUACUUUCGUAAACGAUGUAGUAUAUCUGAAUUCGUUUUGGAAAUUUGCUAAACCAAGUAACAAUGGAUGUAAUUUAUCAUCUCGUGGGAUAAAAGACUUUGUGUCUACACCAAAGUUGUCUGCGGAUAAACUAUCAUGUUCUGUAGCGAAAAUAAUACAACGUGCAAAAGAAAAUCCACGGCCGAGUUUUUAAAGAACAAUUGAAAUGCUUUUUUUAAUGAAAGCAUCAUUUAUUGACUUUCUUUCUUCAUGCAACUUACUUCUUUAUUUUUAAAUUCAAAUAAAUUGCUCACAACUUCACAAUAAAGUUAGAAAUAUUUAUUUCAAGUCACUCAUAGCGUAAUUAAAGUAACACUAACUAUCUCCACUGUAGGUUGUCAACUUUCGUUCAGAUCACUUUGUCUCUUUCGCUUUGUUUGCUAAUGAAAGUGGAUAUAGUGUUUCAUAUGUGACACUGGUUGAUAUGAAACUAUACUUAUCCUUAUAAUAGUCAAGUUUUCAGAAAUGAGAAUCGCUCGAAUUGUAAUCCUAUUCAUUGACAGUAUCUAACAAUUGUGUUACGCUUUCAGUGUCCAUCAAUGACUAGUGAUCAUUUGAGUGAUACUAUCUAGAAUGUAAAUUGAAAGUGGGCUACUUUUCAUAACAGAAGGAAUAGUAAAGACAAACCACUGCAGGACUUUUAUAUGCAAUACGGAGAAAUAUAAUGUUCAUAUGAUAUAGUCAAAAACAAAUAGCAACCGAUCAUGUAUUGAGAUACGUCCAGAAGAUAAUCAAUUGAUGCAGUGAAUAAGUACUAUGAAGCAGGAUAUAGUUGAUUUAGGUUUGGUUGUAAUAAAUUCAAUAAUAAUAAGAAUAUUUAAUCUUUAGAGACAAUGUAUUCAAGAAUUACUUUUUUCCUCUUUCUGCCCAAGUAAUGAUGCUUGCGUACAAGUUUGCACUUGAGAGUUCGACCGUUGCGGUGCCCUACUAUCACUUUGAUAUCCAUCGCCGGUGUAUUGAUGAAUGUUGUUUUCCAUAUCUGAUCAAUGUCUUGUUUGUAAGAAGCGAGGCGUUUCUCAUGUGUAGAAUGUUGGAUGAGACGAUCAAUCUAUGUUUUUUCUUUGAUCGUAGUUGAUUUGUUUUGUUGAAAGUUGACAGUGGUAUUUCCCUUGUCAUGGUCGGCAGCGACUAAAGCCGCACUUUUGCUUAUUUGUGAUUACUGAUGAGUCGGAAUGACCGGUAAUUAAACUUUCAUCCGAAAGAAAUCAUUCUCGUCUUCAAUCAGUGGCAAGAGAUCCGACAUCGACACGUUCUAUUUUGAACAGAAUUGAUUGAAUUGGGCAUCGAUAAAAAUCGACAGAUAACUAAGCAACGAUGCCAGUAAAGACAGAAGCACAUUAGAAUAAACGAUAUACCCGUUGUAAAGUAACAUGAGUUUAAUGUUACGACGCUCAGUGUCGAACGCUUUCAAUGUCGAUGAAUAGAGGACAGUUCGACCCAGAGUUCUUGAACGAUGUUCCUGAAUGUAUGGCGAGUAUGAUCGGAUUUGAAAGGCACAACAUAGGGCUCUGUCGCUUCUUUGUGAUAAACUGAUGUUGAUAAGAUGCUACUGUUGUUUCCAAUGAGAAUAUCAAGAAAGUUGACAGGGUGUGGGUGUGGGU